AUGAUGGAGGCCAUAUCCCAGCGCAACCUCAAUUCCUCCAUCGCCAACUUUUCAACUCCCACGUCGUUGUCGUUGACGUCGCAGCCAGGCCCAGGUCCCCUCUACUGGCCCUUCGACGCCCGUUCUUACCCUGCCCUCGCCUGGGGUCCUGAUACAUUUGCCUACAGCUGCAACCCUGCUUUCGCUGCUGUAAAGGCCCCUGCGACUGUGACUUCAACAAAACCCACUGGGCGCCGCCCGCGCCAGCCUGCCGCGAUAUCUCGUUGCACGGCCAGGACAAAGGCCAGCACCGCCUCUUGCACAAGCGCCAGCAACAAGAGCGCUUCGUCUUCCGCUGCGUCUUCCGCGAGAUCUUCACCUGCUUCGUCGAGGGGCAUCUCCCCGCGCAUCAAGUCCAAGAUGCCAGGACGACCUCCCAAGCGGGCUGCUAGCAAUGGCGAAGAUGAUGGCAUGAUUCAAGCUCCCGGCAAAGUCAAGCUUCCCAGGCUAGAACGUGGCCCAGACGACUUCUCCAGCGUAGUCAAGAACCGACUACAGUCUUAUACACGCACUGGUCAAGCUUGCGACAGAUGCAAGGUUCGAAAGAUCCGAUGCGAUGCACUCCCUGAGGGCUGCUCCCACUGCACCAGCCAAAACCUUGAAUGCUAUGUCACAGAUCGCGUGACAGGGCGCACAGAGCGAAGAGGAUACAUGCAGGAGUUGGAGAGGGAAAAGAGCGACAUGCUCUCCCACAUUCGGGAUCUUGAGAAGCUCCUCGACAACAAGGGCGUCGAAGUCAAGCCCUGGGAGUGGUCACCUUAUGCACAGUGCCCCUCCGACUCAAACUUUGAUGAUAUGGGCAACCCAAUUCCUGACCCCAAGACUGGCGAAACAUGGUCUCAAGUUGGCAGCGCAUUGUUCAAGGACUCUGGCUCAGCCCCCAGCUUGUCUCCCAGCUUCCCUCGCACAUUAGAGUCCCGCGCUCAUGAGAAUCAUCUUGGUGUUGGAAUGGACAGUGCUCCUCUCAGUUCAAUCGGGGGUACGCGACUGUCAAUUCUAGGGAUGACAGUCGACCUCGCGUCCUUUGAGCCACCAGAUGCGGAGGAGCCUCCAGUCGAUGGCAAGGUGGCGCCGUCGUACAACAAGUCCCCGCAAUCUUUCCUCCAAUCCAUUAUGAGAGUCAAUCCUCCGAUGGAGGCUGAGAUGCCUUCUCGCCAAGAGGCCUUCACCUGGGCCGAAUGGUACUUCAUGACCUUCUCCGCUUUCCUUCCAGUCCUCCACAAGCCUUCUUUCAUGCAAUUGUUGACCCGCAUGUACGAUGAACCUAAUUUUGAGCCUUCAGUGGCGGAGCUUGUUACAGUGCACAUGGUUUUCGCCAUCAUCUGCUUCCAGUAUGGCACAAGAAACUGGCAGCAGGUUGACCAGCGCGCUCAAAUGAAUGAGCGAUCCAACAGUCACUACCAUUUCGCCCUCAGCAAGUUCUUUGAGCUGACAUGCACCCGAGAUCUGGCUUCGGUCCAGGCCAUGGCCAUGGUCGUCAAGCAUACCAGAGCCUUCCCCAAGCCCGGUGUCGUUUCAAUCGUCGCCAACCUUGCUCUUCAACGCGCUCUCGAAUUGAAUCUGCACCGAGAGUCAAGAAAGCCUGGCGAGCCCAACAAUCUUCAACAUGAGCUUCGCAAGAGAGCUUUCUGGGUCAUCAUGACUGUCUACAUCGCUGUUACUGGACGUCGUGGCCGGCCGAUGCCUAUCACCGUUGAGGAAUUUGACGUCGGCUUUCCCGAGCCCAUCGCUGAUGAGCUCCUCUCGGAUGAAGGCGUUGACACAUCCCGCGAUAUUCCUUGUCCUUACUGGCCAGGUAUCGUGAGCUUCAAGAUCAUUCCCAUCUACAUGGAAAUGUACUCCAACAUUUACAGUGUUCGACGGGAUGCGCGAAACUAUGUCAGCAUCGUCAGGGCGCUAGAGGCUCAGAUCAAGAAGUGGGAGGACGAGCUCCCUGGCCACAUGGUGAUUGACCAUGCUGAGCAGACCGAGCAAACCCGUCUGGCAGCUGUCUACGCCAAGACAUGGGCGCUUGAGUUCCGUCUUUGCCUGCGACACCCUUCGGUAGCCAUGACCAGCGACAAGGCCAUGAUGGCUGAGAACAUGGCCAUCUGCGAGGAUGUCUCGCGCCAAAUGCUUCACUGUCAAAUGGAGAUCCAGAAGUGCAAGUGCCUUGAUACGACAUGGUACCAGACUUCGAUGUACACCGCUGGCACCUUUACCAUGCUGGCUGCCAUGUGGGAGAGACGUUUCGAAACGACUCCAGAGGCCAUUGCCACGUUGCGGGAGGAGAUGAACGGUUGGAUCGGCAUUCUUGAGGAAGUCGGCUCUCUUCUCGGUAAGUUCCAGCCUCUAGUUCGCAAAUCAGUCAGCCCUAACAAUACGACAGGCUCGGAUUCUAGCAUUGCUACUGAGAUUGGAAACAUCAUUGACCGCACGAUUGCGUGGAUUGACCAUGAUAUGCGUAACAAGGAGACAAAGAGUGCUCAGCCUUCAGCCACACCGGAGGUCAAACAGGAGCAAGCCUACCCAUCUUCUCAGGUCCAGUCCGCGCCCACCAGUGGAGGGGCUCAGACUGAAGUCCCAUCUACCAAGAGCUACUUUCCCGAGUCCGACCUGAAUGGUCAGACUCCUUACCCAACACUCGCCUACAAUGAUCACCCACAAAACAACAUGGGAGCUCCAGCUUACGACACUGGGGCCAUGUUCUACAACACAUCAGCACAAGCUGCAAUCGCAACUACCACGUCGGCACUCCCGUCGUCUGUGGCGCAAGUGAAUCCAAUGCUUGCAUUCUCACAGCCUCCCCAUGUCGCGCCUCAGCCCGACAUGAUGUGGCAGAGCCGCGGAAAUACUUGGCAUGACUGGACAUCAGCCAUCGCUGAUACGCAAGAUCGCUUCAGCGCAUCGACACUCUUGACGCUCGGGGGAAGUACACGAGACGCCUCGACAGGCGCGGGCGUCCCGGGCGUCACAUCCAGCCCUUCGGCAAAUGACAUCAACAGCAUUCAGCAGGGAGGCCAGUGGCCGCUGAUAAUUUUUGACCAGGUGGCGCCAAAUGGAUCUUGA